AUGGCGGACCCUUCAACUUACACUGUUGGGUGGAUCUGCGCCCUGACAAAAGAGCUAGUUGCCGCAAAAAGCUUUUUCGAUGAAGAACACGCAGUGACUCUAGACGUUCAAGAUCCCGCAGACAACAACAGCUAUUCCUUCGGGAGAAUGGGAAAGCAUGACGUUGUCGUGGCAUCCUUACCCAUGUCCGUGUAUGGAACAGUAUCAGCUGCGACUGUAGCCAGAGACAUGUUACGAACAUUUCCCAAUAUUCGCGUCGGGCUUAUGGUUGGUAUCGGCGGCGGUGCUCCAAGCCCUCAGCAUGACAUUCGUCUUGGGGAUGUCGUAGUUAGCGCCCCUUCAGGAACCAGAGGAGGAGUCCUUAAUUACAGCCACGGCAAGGCAGUACAACAGCAAGAGUUCCAGUUAACCGGGUCGUUAAAUCAGCCACCUCAACUUCUAUCGACCGCAGUGGGCGCACUAGGAGCGGAUUAUAAAAUGAAAGGCCAUGAACUGGAGGAAAGAAUCCAGGAAGUACUAAGUAAACUACCUCGCCUUAAGAAAGAGUAUGCUCGUCCCGUUGCAGCGGAAGACAGACUCUACGAAAUAAGUCACAUUCAUCGAAAAUCCCAAGAAUCCGCAGCAUGCAAAGAUAACUGCGGCGAAGAAAACCUUGUCAGCCGAGAGGCCCGAGGCGACGAUGAAGAUAACCCAAUGAUCCAUUACGGUCUCAUUGCCAGCGCUGACAUCCUCGAUAAGGAUGCGACUAUCCGGGAUAAGUUAGCAAGGGAACAGGGUGUAUUGUGUUUUGAAAUGGAAGCAGCUGGUUUGAUGAACCACUUCCCCUGUCUGAUUUGUUUUGCGGCCAUGACAGCUGCAGCGUAUGCGAAGGAGUUGCUUCAGAGGAUUCCACCAACCAAGAUACGAGAGGAGGAGCCUCUUGCCAAAGUACUUGGCAGAAUCGGAAUGAAAUUGGAAAAUAUUACUACAAGUGUGAAAGACACGAAUGCUACCGUAAACACUAUGCAUGCAGACAGUCAACGCCAGAAAAUAGAACGCUGGCUUAAGCCACCAAGACCAUCAACCAACGUAGCGAAGGCCAAGAAGCGUCGUCAUGAUGGCACUGGUCUGUGGUUCAUCCAAAGUCCGGAAUUCACAGAGUUUAAGGCAGGCUCAAGAAAGCAUUUAUGGCUUCAUGGGUUGGCUGGCUGCGGGAAAACUGUACUAAGCUCUCAAAUCCUCGACGAUCUCAGUGCUAUGGAUGGCAUCAUCACACUAGUACAUUACUUCGACUUCAACGACGUAGGGAAGCAAUCUCUCGACGGCCUCCUUCGCUCUCUAGCAUUCCAGCUCUAUCAAAAUGGUGGGCAAGAGGCAUCAGCGAAGCUCUAUGAGUUAUUCAAAUCCUGUGAAGAUGGCUCAAAGGACCCCGGCGAGCCGCAACUGGAAUCAUGCAUUAAGUCUAUGCUACGUGCUGUUGAUCGCGUGUUUAUCCUCAUCGACGCUUUGGAUGAAUGCAAAUCAAGAGACUCGCUCCUCUCAUGGAUAGGGCGACUCACCGUCGAGAAUGUACAAUUUCUUCUGACGGCUAGGCCUGAAGUUGAUAUUCAACCUCAGAUUUUUCGGUUCUUUGCGGAAGAGAAUUGUCUUAGUUUGGACAAAACCGCUGUCGACGGCGACAUAAAGUCCUAUGUUCUUUCGGUUCUCGACACAAACCCAAGAUUCACGGAGAAAGCUUUGAGUGAAGCGUUACGGAAGGAUAUCUGUAGCAAAGUUGGAGAGGGAGCAGACGGAAUGUUUCGUUGGGCAGCUUGUCAGAUGGAUACUCUUGAAGCAUGUCUAACUCCAAAUGCUAUCCGUGAAGCUCUCGUGUCCUUACCACGCGAUCUACCCAAGACGUACGAUCUGAAUUGUGAGCAACCUCUUUCCUCAGCCGAGGCUGUCGAGAUUUUGGCCACACGCCCAGAUCGGCAUCAAGGCCAACUCAGGUUUGACCCUGAAAAUAGACUUUUCAACUCCUCUGACGUUGAAAGGUACUGUCCCGGUAUGAUACACAUCGUAACGGUCACAGACGAAGACCCUGAUGAAAGGGGUGACAUGUGCCGUUGGGAAGAAGUGCACCUUACACACUUUUCCGUCAAGGAGUAUCUGACAAACAUUGGUACCUUCUGCGAACUGGAUUCCGCGGUUGUUAUUACUGAGACAUUGAUUAAUUACUUGUAUGAUGUCAAAGAUCCGCCCUAUCGUGUUCGUGCCGACUUUCCCUUAGCCAUACGUGCGGAAGACAUCUGGUAUGAAUUUGCAAGGAGAGCGCAGACUGUCAAGAAAAUUGUUCAAAUGACAGCCAAGCUUUUACUCAGUACGGCGAAUGUUCGGAAACAUUAUCGUAUCUUCAAACAGCCAUCAGACGACUGGUAUUGUUCCUCUGGGCGACGAGGUAAAAGACUGUACUGGAGAUCAGGGUUUAGUGAAAGAGCCGAAAGCGGGUUUUUUAACGCCUGCCUAGGUGGGCUCCAUAACACUGUCGCCUAUAUGAUGGAAGAUACCAAGCUCAACGUUCCAGCCGAUGAAAAAGAAGCUUGUCUGAUUUUCGCGAUUUUCUAUAGGUUUCCAGAAGUUGCUGAGGUACUCCUUAAGUAUGGCAUUAGCCCUGAUGCAUCAGAAGCUCUCGGUGGCAGUGCUGUCUACAAGGCGGCAAAAAGGGGCUUCGCCCAGCUUGUACGAGAGCUAGUCAAAGCCGGAGCUGAUUUAAGCGGGGAUACCUUAGACUGGUACGGCGAUCCCACGUCUGCUCUUUGUGCGGCAUCUGAAAAUGGCCACUUGGAGAUCGUAGAAGAUCUACUCAAGGCAGGGCAUCAUGUCAGAAUACAGGAUUCUCUUCAGCGUGCUGUCGGGAAUGGCCAUCACGCAAUAGUCGAGCUCCUUGUCGACUGGGGGGCCUGUGAGGCUGAGCCUAUCCACGACCAUGUAUUGGAAAUGGCAGCCUUUCGCGGUACAAACCAACUCGUAUGCCGGUUAUUGGAUGCUAGGCCGGAUGGAUACGACAAAAACAAACUCAAAAAUGCCCUCUCCAGGGCAUGUGAGGCUGGACGUAUUGACAUUGUCCGGCUCCUCGUUUCUCGAGGUGCACAGGCAGACCGCUCCAUCAAUUUCCGGUACGAGGAUUCCAAGUACGACCACCGGAAAAUUAGCAGCAAGAUGCACAAUGGAAAAGGUCACAAUUGCCUUGUUCUUGCAGCACAGGCAGGAAAUGAGGAUAUUGUGAAGAUACUACUCGACAAAGAGUUUGACCUCAGUCAGGUGUUGGAUCUCACUUCAGUUGGAAGCGUAGUGACCAUUGAGAAGUUCAUUCAGGCAGGUGUCGACUUGAGUAUCGGUGAGCCCCUCUAUCAUGCUGUAGUGAACGGCCAUGAGCAAGUCGUUCGGUUACUCUUAGACCAGGGGGCCGAUGUGAAUUCGAUGAUUACGGAGCAUGACGGACAUCCAGUGGAUCCUUUAUUGUUUCAAGCUUGCUCGCUGUCAGUCACAAGCGACUCUAUCGCACACACGCUUCUGGAUCAUGGAGCAGACUACGACUACCGUGUUCGUUCGGGCGACACUGCUUUUCACGUAGCUGCUAAGAACGGAAGAGUUAGCGUUGUGGAAAGGUUGCUACAUCUCGGAGACGGCGACAAGAAGAACAGUUCCGGUCAUACCCCUUUACAGGUUGCAUCAAAUACAGAUAUCAUCCGAGUCCUUCUAGUUGCGGGGUCCGAUGCAAAUGCGAGGGAUGACAAUGGUUGGACACCACUCCAUAAUGCAGCGUAUCAGGGCAAUCCAGAUGGGAUAGAGGUAUUACUACGAUAUGGAGCUAAUGCCCAUGCCCUGACAAAGGACGGAAGAACUGCUCUACAUGUAGCUCUGGAGUCGUGGACUACUUCUGAUCGGAAUAUGCUGCGAAUUGUCAAGCUUCUGCUCGAUACUGGUGUCGGUACAAACAUCAAAGAUUCUAAGGGCUCAACCCCUCUACACAGUGCUUGUUUGUCUUAUGGCGUCAGCGUUGUAGGGCUAUUGCUCGCAAAGGAAGCUGAUGUCAAUGCCGUUGACAACGAAGGAAUGUCGCCUUUUCGAAUGGCAACUCGAAGAGAGAUUUGCGAGGCAACUAUUGAUAUCAUUUCUCUGCUGAUAAACCAAGGAGCUAAUGUCAACUCCCAAGAUAACGAUGGUUCCACAGCUUUACACUGUGUUGAAAGUUCAGUGAACCUGGCUGAUUUGCUCCUAGACCAUGGAAUCAUCAUAGAUACACGAGAUGGUAAAGGAAAGACAGCACUCUUUAGGUCUUUUGAACUUGGGAAUCGGGACGUAGCAAGGUUUUUGAUAGAAAAGGGAGCUGAUGUGGAGCAAGCCACAAUUUGGAAACAAUGCUUCACGUGA